CGCGGAUGCUGAUGGCGGCGCCCGGCUCGGGCCCGAGCAGUGGCGAUCCGCUGGCCGGGUUCCCGUUCCCGGUGGGGAGCGGCGGUGACAUCGGGAGAACCGGGGCCCAGGGCGGUGGGGAGAAGUCCAAGAAACCGUGCCGGGCGUGCGUGGACUUCAAGACAUGGAUUCGGGAACAGAAGAAGCUGGCGGUGUCUGCGGGAAAGGAAGGGGAUGUUGCAGAGGACCUGGAUAAAGAGCGUCCUGUUGAAUGUCCUUUAGAUCGUGAAGAGCUGGGGAGGAACACCUGGUCUUUUCUUCAUACAAUGGCAGCUUAUUAUCCAGACAAACCUACCACAAGUCAACAGGAGGACAUGAAACAGUUUAUUUCUUUAUUUUCAAAUUUCUUUCCCUGUGAGGACUGUGCAAAAGAUUUGAGAGAGAGAUUGAAGGCACUUCCACCAGACACUAGCAACAGGUAUAAAUUUUCUCAAUGGAUGUGCCUUCUCCACAACGAUAUCAGCAAACGUAUAGGAAAACCAGAGUUCGAUUGCUCUAAGGUGGAUGAGCGAUGGAAAGAUGGAUGGAAGGAUGGUUCAUGUGACUGAUUUUUAAAUUGAGAUUUCUGACUGUUACCUGUGUAGUAUUUUUUCUUGUUCUUGACAAAAUGUUGUUACCUGGUUUUGGUCAUAUGGAACAAUAUAUGCUACCUUAAUACUUUCCUCUCCCUCUGUAUCUUCUUACCCCUCAAUCCUCAAUUUAAGGUAGGUGUUUUUUCAAUAUUUCAGGUUAUGAGGGACUAGUAUUGGACUAAUUUCACACUUUCUCUGCCCUCUAGAGGGUGCAGUUGAGUCAGGAUGGUAAUUUGUAUGACGAUCUCCACUUGUUCCUGGCUGUAUCUAGCUGUAACAGGCAGUUGAAGAAAAGGUUUUAUUUUCUAAAAUCUGCGAGCAUAACUUGUUUUGGGGAGUGGAACAUUUUGCUUUUCCACUUCCCUUCUCAUUGGAUUUGCGAAAAAUUGAAGAUUUUUUGAGAUUUCAGUGAUUUUUUUUUUUUUUGUUUUGAUUCCCACCCAGAAGCAAGUGGUAACUUAAAACAUUUAGUGCUAUUUCAAUAUCAAAUGGAGAACAAUGAUCCAUACUGGCAUUGGGAGAAUCACAGAUUUCCACCUGCUUUUGAACUAAUAAACCAGUUUAUAUGGUGGUUAACUUUCAUUGUGAUUUUGGAAAAAAUUUUAUAAGGUUUGGGAUGCAUCAGUAAAUCCAUAAAACUACCGGGGUAAGGAAAUUCUGAUCUCCAUCCAAUGGCACUAAUUGUCAACUAGACUAUUACCAAAGUAACUGAGCUUUUAAGGAUGUCUGCCUUUUUAACUAAUACAUUAAAACAACUGUAGUCACUCCUUGUGCUAAAUGACAGAUGUUCUUUUGAAUAAUGUUUUCAAAUUUGAAGCUUUAUUAUGUAUGUUGAAAUUAUUGUUGGCAUGGCAAAUAGGAAAAAUGUCAGUGUUUAAAAGCAGUUUUGUGGGAUUGAAACGUUAUGAACGUUGCUACAUGUAAAAAGUGGAAAUUAUGUGCUGUUUGUGUCACCUCCUCACACUGCCCCCAGUUGAUGAUUUAGAAUGUCCAUGGAAUGAGGAACCAACAUUUCUAGAUCCAUUGUAAGGUUUUAUAAAUAAUGAUGACAAUAGAAGCAUACAUGUCUAAAAUAUAUCUUGUUAGAACUGCAGCAGGCUUUUUGUCUAUCACCAUUAUUUAAUCAGCCUUCAGAUAAAUAAGUACCUGAGAUUCCAGAUAUGGGAAUGAAAAGAUUAAGAGCAGUACUUGAAUGAAGGAGGAAAAAGACUGAAAUUAGAAACAAAAACCAGUUUCAUUUGCACUGAAUUUGUUCUAAAUACAAACAAGGUUGACUAGAUUAUUUAUCACUUCAGAUUGCAUAUUAGGGUUUGAGUAAUAAUAUGCAUCAGGAGGUAUGCCUUACUGCUCCAAGGCAUCAAUUAUAGGAGGAAAUGCAAAGGUUAGAAUUUUACCAUAAUCUAUGUCUACUGUAGACUCUUAAGCUGAAUCUAUGUGCAGGAGUAUUCCAAUGAUUGGCUGUAACUGCUGUUAUUUAAUUCUUGCUAUUCCAAAUCUGUGAAAUGUAAAUAGGCUGUUUGGUAGUCCUGAUUUUCAUUGUGGACUUGCAAUCUCAAUCCAACACAGGUAAGUUUAUUUCUAUAGGUCGGGUAGAUCCCAGCAGAGAUCCAUAAGAUAUCGUAUGUACUCCAGGCAUGACAUUCUGAAAUCCUUUUGUUCUGUGUUCUGAAAAUGGAAUUAAAACAUUUAACACUUUU